GCAAACAGAAAUGAGAAAAAGAAGAAGAAAAGUUGCACUUUGUGUCAAACUCCGCAAAAUUAUUGUCAUUUUCACUGAAUUUCUUCUGGUGUUGGAAGUUAAGGGCAAUAAAAUCGUGCCAUUUUCCUCCCUAAAAAACGCUGUGGGAAGCAUGUUUUUGCCCACUUUGCAAAAAGUGUGAAGUACUUGGUGGAAAAUCGCGGGUUUUGGGGUAAUUUUCUCAAAGUGAACGGGAUUUGGUUGCAUCCCAUUGUUUUGAGAAGAACUUUCCUUUUUUGGGAGAGAAGCUUCCUGAAGCAUAAUUUGUGUACACACCGCCACAGGAGGCAAGUCAGCUGAAAGAUGGAUGAUUCGGAGACUCAGCAUUUACUCCAGGGCGACACUACAGUAAACUACAAUGGAAAUGAUGGGGAUGUUGAGAAGAACGCCCAAGCCAAUUCAACGACAACGUCGUCCAUUGGCCCCGGGGAGCUCCCGCCCUCCUUCCAAGCGGGUGCCGUACCGAUGGUAACGUGCCGCGUAUGCCAGGGCAUGAUUGACAUCACAUUCAAGCGGGAUCAGCAUGUUGUGAAGUGCAAUCAAUGCGGCGAAGCGACGCCCAUCCGGAACGCGCCCCCUGGCAAGAAGUACGUGCGCUGCCCAUGCAACUGUCUCCUCAUCUGUAAGAGCUCAUCCCAGCGCAUCGCAUGCCCUCGUCCCAACUGCAAGAGGAUCAUCAAUUUGGCUCCAAGCCCCGUGACACCGCCUGUCCCCUCCAUGCCGGGAAUGUGUCGCGUCACGUGUGGCCACUGCUCCGAUACUUUUCUGUUCAAUACACUUCACAAUGCCCUUGCACGGUGCCCCCAUUGCCGGAAAGUGUCUUCUGUUGGUUCUGAAUUCUCGCGUGGCCGUGGCAUUAUAUUCUUCAUCAUUGGUGUUGUCUUUCUCGUCAUAGGAAUUGGUGUUACAGCUGGUACAUACUCAUAUGCUGCGGCUCAUGGAGGGAUGUAUGUCGCCUACAUUGGAGCUUUUCUUAUCUCACUCUUCCUCUUCGCACGCAGCGUUUACUAUUGUACUCUCAAAACUAGCACAAUAGAUGGUCCAAUGUAAAAUGAGAUGGUGUGUUUGCUAAGGAAUAAGUUUUUUUUUCAUUCACACCGCAAAUAAAAUUUAAAAAAUAAACAUUAUUGCAAAAAAAUUGCGGGAGAUUUAGGAAAAUAAUAAGAAAAAAAGAAGAAUCUUCUGCAAGUGAGAUGUGACACCAAAAAAAAACAACAAAAAGAAAGCUAAAAAACGGUCAAAACAAUUAUAAAGGCAUUCCUAAAUAAUUUUUCUUUUUUUUUCUGUGUAAUAUCCCCUCAAGAAAACCAAGAGAGAGAUAAGCCGAGAAGAUUUUAUCGAGACAGUAAAUAUUAAAAAAAAAAAACUAACUAUUAUACAAGAAA